UCGCCGCUGCACCGGCGGAAGUGGCCGUGGGAGACGGUCGGGCGCUGCAACGGCAUGGCGGCGGCGGCGGCCACAGGCGGGAAGAAGCGGAGGAAAGACGAGGUGGACGAAAGUGAGCUGUUGACUGUACCAGAGGGGUGGAAGGAAGCACCGUUUACCAAAGAGGACAAUGUCCAUGGUCUUCUGGAAGAGAGCAGCUUUGCAACGCUCUUCCCCAAGUACAGGGAGGCAUAUCUGAAGGAAUGCUGGCCUUUGGUGCAGAAUGCGCUGAGUGAUUACCACAUUACAGGAACGUUAGAUUUGAUAGAAGGCAGCGUCACUGUGUCUACCUCAAGGAAGACAUUUGAUCCGUAUUCCAUUGUGAAGGCGCGAGACUUCAUAAAGCUUUUAGCAAGGAGCGUUCCGUUUGAGCAAGCAGUUCGCAUCUUCCAAGAUGACGUGGCAUGUGACAUUAUCAAGAUCGGGUCACUGGUUAGGAACCGUGAACGAUUAGUGAAGAGGAGAAUGAGGCUUAUCGGACCAAAGGGAUCAACACUUAAAGCCUUGGAGCUGUUGACAAAUUGCUAUAUAAUGGUGCAAGGGAAUACCGUGUCUGCACUGGGCCCGUACUCUGGACUGAAAGAGGCUAGAAAAGUAGUCAUUGAUACCAUGAAGAAUAUUCACCCGAUCUACAAUAUCAAGACGUUGAUGAUUAAACGGGAAUUAGCAAAAGACGAGGAGCUAAGAAUACAAAACUGGGAGCGCUUUCUGCCUACGUUCAAAUCCAAGAAUCUAAGCAAACGUAAAGUACCCAAGAAGAGGAGGAUUAAGAAGGAGUACACACCUUUCCCUCCACCACAACCAGAAAGCAAGGUGGAUCAGGAGCUGGCAACUGGUGAAUACUUUCUCAAGGAGAAAGACAAGAGGAAGAUAAAACUCCAUGAAACAAAGGCGAAAGGAGCAGAGGCAACAGCUAGACGAAAGGAAGAAAGAAAUAAAGCUUUUAUUCCUCCUAAAGAGAAACCCAUGGUUAAAGCAAAGAAAGCUGUAGAAACCAAAGUUGACAUACAGGUUUUAAAAGAAAAAGUGAAAGCAGCCAAGAAAAAGAAGCUUGGAGCUCCAGCAGCAGAGGAAGUUGCACAGAAGAUGGCUCAAAGGGAGAAGAAGAAGAAGAAAUAAAAUUACCUUAAUCUUCCAUAUCUCCCUAACGUGUUUUGGACAAGCACCAUUGAACUACUGGAACAAUCCAGAUGACUGGAGUUCUUCUCAUUGAGGCUGUGUCGUGUUUCUCGCGACAACCAAUGGUCAAAGUAAACAGCCAAUGAAUGUGAAAGACAUGGCACCAGUCGGAACAGAAGAGUUCAGCAAUUGAUGAUUGACAAUGGGGCUGGUUGGGUUAGUACGUGAUUUCCCCCAGCUACGUACUACCUCAGAAUGGUCAACCGGUUUAGAUCUUUUGUUAAACAGAUGUUGACAGCUGAACACCAAGUGCUGAGGUUGUUACCAACAGUUGAUUGUGAUCAGGACGACUUUCUAUAAUGUUUUUUUAAGUGAGGUAGGGGAAAUACACAGUUUGUUGGAUGUAUAUUUCACCUGACUGUGAGGGUGCACUGCAUUCAAAUGGCUACCGAAAUGUAAUUGAAAUUGUGCAGAUCACAACGAUCCUACUGUGUCCAUUCUGUGCGAAUAUUCUCAGUCUGGCUGUUGCCUGUCAAGAUAAAAUCAUUGUUUUUCAGCA